CUGCAAAAGCAUGUGUGUCUUUAGUACACAUCUCUCCACCCUGCUUGUGAUGUCAUUCACAUGAUUUCAAGCUGGUUUUGUGAUAAAGAAUCCUCGACGUUGACUGACUGUCUAUACCUUACUUUGUUCAAUUUUUCUGUGUAUAGUUUUAAGCGUAUGUUUGCUUCACAUGUGCAUUGUUAUGUUUCUGGAUUUGAUUUCUGCUUAACAUCUGAAGCAUUACAAAUGUUCGGCGUCACUAGUGAGAUGUUUGGUCUUUUGUUCUUCGUGCUGAUGGCGCACACCGCUUAUGGAGACGUGAGCUAUUCUUUCCCGGAGGAGAUGAAACGCGGAUCUGUGAUUGGAAAUAUAGCAAAGGAUCUCGGGCUCGAUGUAAAAAGAAUGCUCACUGGGAAGGCCCGCUUUGAUACUGAAGGUAACAGAAAACGAUACUGUGACAUUAAUCUGAAUACUGGAGAGCUGACCGUAGCGGAGAGAAUCGACAGAGAAGAGAUUUGUGAAAAGAAAUCUUCAUGUGUCAUAAACCAGGAGCUUGUGCUAGAAAAUCCUUUAGGUUUGCAUCGCGUCAUUUUCAAUAUUGAGGACAUAAAUGAUAAUUCACCACAGUUUAAACAAAGUGUUAUCAAAUUUGAAAUACAGGAAUCGGCACUUAAAGGUUCUCGUUACUUAUUAGAUGAGGCUCAUGAUGCAGAUAUUAGUAGGAAUGCAGUGCAGUCAUACAUGUUGCAAGAAAACGAACAUUUUCUUCUUAGUGUACUAACGCGUGCAAAUGGAAGAAAAUAUGGAGAGCUAGUUCUUAACAAAGAAUUGGAUCGCGAGCAGCAGAAAGAGGUAACAUUAAUUCUCACUGCGGUAGACGGCGGGACUCCGCCGAGAUCAGGUACUGUAGCCAUACACGUCACUGUACUGGAUGCUAAUGAUAAUGCUCCAGUCUUUAGUCAGGCCGUCUAUAAAGUCAGUCUGCCUGAAAAUUCUCCUCUAGAUACUGUAGUGGUGACAGUGAGCGCUACUGAUGCUGACGAGGGACAAAACGGAGAAGUGACAUAUGAAUUUGGCCAUUUAUCCGAACGGCUUUUGGAAAUAUUUAAUCUUAAUUCCUUAUCUGGAGAAAUUAAACUAACAGGGCUGAUUGAUUAUGAGGAUGCGAGUUCAAUUGAACUGCCAAUUCAAGCCAAAGAUGGUCAAGGGUUAGCCAAUCAUUGUUCUGUAUUAAUAGAUGUUAUUGAUGUCAACGAUAACGCUCCUAUAGUAAUACUUAAAUACGUGAACAUUCCUAUUCCAGAGAAUGUGUUAACCGGUACAGAGGUUGGCGUCAUUAAUGUGCAGGACAGAGACUCUGAGAAUAACGGAAAGGUGCGCUGCUCCAUUCAGCAAAACGUCCCGUUUAAACUCGUACCUUCAAUCAAGAAAUAUUAUUCUCUGGUGACCACAGGUGAAUUAGACCGCGAGCUGCUCUCUGAUUAUAAUAUUACAAUUACUGCUACUGAUGAGGGCUCUCCGCCUUUAUCUUCCACUAAGAAUAUUCACUUGACUGUAGCUGACGUGAAUGAUAAUCCACCUGUUUUUCAGGAGCAGAGUUACAGAGCUCAUGUGCAAGAAAAUAACAAACCGGGCUCCUCUAUUUGUUCAGUAUCAGCAACAGACCCGGACUGGAGACAGAAUGGCACUGUAGUUUAUUCUCUGUUGUCCUCUGAUCUCAAUGGCGCACCGGUGUCCUCCUUUCUAUCCAUUAACGGAGACACCGGAGUCAUUCAUGCCGUAAGGUCGUUUGAUUACGAACAGCUGAAAAAUUUAAAGUGCUCGUGUUAGCCAGAGACAACGGUUCUCCUCCUCUGAGCAGUAACGUGACCGUGAGUGUCUUCAUAACGGAUGAGAAUGACAACUCCCCUCAGAUAUUAUACCCCUCUCAGGAAGGAAACUCCUUCAUGACCGAGAUGGUACCCA